UCAUUUGGAACUUGAAAAUGAUCAAUACUUUCCUUUAGAAUUAUUAUCAGCGAUUUAUUCAGUAGAUAUUGAACAGCUUCAAGGAAGGUAUAUAGAUUUCACGAUACGGGAUCAUCCCUCUGUAUCUCAUAUAGUAUUUUUCUUUCGAAAUGAUGUAACUAUUACUUAUAAAGAAUAUACUAAAAUUCCAAGCCAUUUGAGACAAGAUUGGAUAAUUCAUAAAUCGAAAAAUAUGACAGAAUAUCAAACUAAAGUUCUGAAAAUUAAACACCCAUCAAUUUUUACAGACCAAAAUUUUAAUGAUAUCCUCA